AUGGCAACCAACAACCUUGUUGAUAUUAAAAGUUUAUCACCCCUGUUUCAGGACUUGUAUGCCAAGGCCAAGGACUUUGUAGAGAAUGAUUGUAUUCCUGCCGAAAAAGUGUAUGAGGCACAAAUGGGUCAAGGCAAGGAUCGUUGGAAGGUGGUUCCUCCUAUCAUGGAAGAGCUUAAGGCCAAGGCACGCUCACUGGGAUUGUGGAAUCUUUUUCUUGGCCGAGAAUACAAGGAAUUAAGUCCUGGUUUGACCAAUCUCGAAUAUGCAUUAAUAGCCGAGCUUACGGGACGCAGCUACAAGAUUGCACCUGAAGCCAUGAAUUGCAGCUCACCUGACACGGGAAACAUGGAAGUGUUUGCAAAGUAUGGUACGCCUGCUCAAAAGGCCAAAUGGCUUGUUCCUUUGAUGGAUGGCAAGAUUCGUUCAGCUUUUGCCAUGACCGAGCCUGCCAUUGCAUCAUCCGAUGCUACCAAUAUCGAAACCAACAUCCGUCGCGAAGGAAAUGAAUAUGUCAUCAAUGGUCGAAAAUGGUGGAUUACAGGUGCUGGUGAUCCUCGUUGUGCUGUAUUUCUUGUUAUGGGCAAAUCCGAUCCCAAAAACACAAACCGACAUCGACAACAAAGCCUUGUGAUUGUGCCAGCUGAUACACCUGGUAUCACUGUAGUAAGACCAAUGCAGGUGUUUGGCUAUGAUGAUGCUCCCAGUGGUCAUUGUGAGAUCGUUUUUGAUAAUGUACGCGUGCCUCUUGAAAACAUCGUCUUGGGUGAAGGUCGUGGAUUCGAAGUCAUCCAAGGACGUUUGGGACCUGGUCGUAUUCAUCAUUGCAUGCGCUGUAUUGGAAUGGGCGAACGUGCCUUGGAAAUCAUGAUUGCACGUGUCACCGAUCCAUCACGACGCACCUUUGGAAAGAGCUUGGCUGAGCAUGGAACGAUUGUACAAGACAUUGCCACAUCACGCAUUGAAAUCGAUCAAGUGCGAUACCUCGUACUUGGAGCUGCCAAAAAGAUUGAUGACCAUCCACGGGGUCCAAAAGGUGCUAUGAAAGAAAUCAGCAUGGCAAAGAUUGCUGCACCUAGCAUGUUGCAACGUGUAUUGGAUCGUGCUAUGCAAGCCCAUGGUGCUGGUGGUCUAUCACAAGACUUUGUGUUGGCCAAAUUCUUUUCUCGAGCUCGCACUUUACGCUAUGCUGAUGGCCCUGAUGAAGUCCACAAGAAUCAAUUGGGAAAAAUCGAGUUGCGAAGAGCUGCUGAUAUUACCAAUCGCAUCAAUGACCAAAAUGCCAAGAAAGAAAAGUUGAUCAAUUCCAAGCUGUAA